GAAUGAUCAAGAUGAAGAUGAUGAUCAAAAGAUAAGAUCGAUCAAGCCACCUGGUUCCUUUUCCACGUGAUUUUGGGCUUCCUCCUUUGCAACAGCACUGCCUCUCCCACAAACUCCAUCCCUGAUCUUUAAACUUUUCUUCGCCCGAGCUCGAGCUUUAACCCACUAGGACUAUACGAUCUUCGACGUGGGAUCAAGAAAAUGGAUUUUCUCAAAUUGGCCGUAGCUUCGGCUAUCUCCAAGGGGCCUCCAUUCCCCUAUACUUUCGGCGAUAGGGUCGAUAUCGAUAGUUCCAUUUGGAGUCUCUACAACGGAACCAAGAGGGAAGACGGUUCAAAUUGCAGCAUCUUUUCAUUCGAGAUCAACGAUUCUACUAGAAGUAGACUACCACUUGCUAAAAAUGCCCUUCGCAAGAUGCGCACACUUCGACACCCGGGGGUAGUCAGAAUUAUAGACUCGGUCGAGACGGACACCUAUAUAUAUAUCGCUACGGAGAGGCUGACACCGUUGACCUGGCAUGUCCGGAGGGAAGCUUUGAAUACGGAGACCAUCAAAUGGGGGCUUUAUAGUACUGCUAUCACCUUGAAAUUUGUCAAUGAGGAGGCCGCAUCUAUUCAUGGCAAUAUCCGAGCCUCCUCGAUAUAUACCGCGGAAAGUGGUGAAUGGAAGCUUGCUGGGUUUGAGGUUCUUAGCUCCUUAAAGGAUGAUGAUCCGGUCAUAUAUAGGUUUGGAGGUUUAUUGCCGGACUCUGGGAGAUACGCUGCGCCUGAGAUAGUGAAGGGCGGUUGGGAUACUCUGAGGAACCAACCAAUACACGUCGUGGAUUCUUGGAACUUUGGAACUUUGAUAUAUGAGGUCUUUAAUGCUGGGGCAUUCACGAAUAGUGAGAAACUAUCACAGGCAAAGGCGAUACCGCCAAAUAUGGUACCGUCAUAUAAGCGCCUUACCCAGCAAAACCCAAAGACCAGGCUGUCAGUGGCUCAUUUCCUAGAGCAGGGAAGCCGCAGUAGAGCCUUUUUUGAUACACCAUUAAUCCAUAUUGCACAAUUCGUGGAGAAUAUGGGUGUCAAGAGUCAGGACGAACGAGAAGAAUUCCUGCGGGAGCUCGAAGAGACUGGUGAUCAGUUUCCGGAAGACUUCUUCAAAGCCAAGAUAUUACCGGAAUUACUGAAGAGUGUCGAGUUUGGAGGGGGUGGACCAAAGGUUUUCUCGGUGGUUUUGAAAAUUGGGGAGAAGCUUUCCGACGAGGAAUGGGAGUCCAACAUAACACCCUGCAUUGUCAGGCUAUUCGCCAUUCCGGAUCGAGCAACUAGAGUGUUUUUGUUAGAUAAUCUACCGAAGAUGAUCGGGCAUCUUUCGAACAGGGUUGUUAACGAUAAGGUAUUCCCGGAGAUGUUGACUGGGUUUUCAGAUGUUGCGCCAAUAGUGCGAGAACAAACCGUCAAAGCUGUGCUAGUGGUUGUUCCGAAGCUUUCGGAUCGUAAUGUCAAUGGCGAUCUUUUAAAAUAUCUCGCCAAGACCCAAAAUGAUGAACAACCGGGGAUCAGGACAAAUACCACAAUUUGUUUGGGUAAGAUUGCGAGGAAUCUCGGUCCUAAUACCCGCCAGAAGGUUUUGACUGCUGCAUUUACUAGAGCCCUUAGGGAUCCUUUCGUUCAUGCUCGGAAUGCAGCAUUGCUGGCAUUGGCCGCAACCGCAGAUGUAUUUGACGAAAACGAUUGCGCCGUGCGAUUGCUUCCGGCAAUCACACCUUCUUUAGUGGACAAAGAAAAGCUCGUCCGCACUCAAGCCAACAAAACUCUUGACGUGUUCCUUCAGAGGAUCAAGACUCUCACGGCAAACUACCCAGACACGGCUAUGCCCAGCACCACCGCAACCGAUUCUGUGGCUGCAGCUCCCCGCAUGGGAACUGCCCAAACCGACGAAUCCUCCUGGGCCGGCUGGGCAAUCAGCAGCUUUACAAAAAAGCUCAGCACUGCUAAUGGAGAAAUCGAAAGAGCAGCCUCCCCAAGCGCGCUAGGUAACGAACCUCGGCCCGCCUCUGCACCUACUGUCGCCGCACAAACCCAACCCAGCCUAUCUGCGGAAACGAGAACCGCCUCCGCCUUAGCACUACACAGAAAAGCCCUCUCACCAGCAACACCCGCUCACUCCAGCUUCCUCGGCGACGAAGACAACGAAGAUAACGACCCGGACGCCUGGGGCGACCUAGAUGAAGAGAAACUUUUUGACGUGGAGGGCUCGUCGGGUGGUGCCAAACCCAAGUCAACAAAUACCGGAUCGCUCGACGGAUGGGGAGAACCGGAUAUCGCCUCUAUGGCUAAUAAAUCCAAAAACCCACUGCCUAAAGGCCUCACUAAGAAACCUACAGCACCGCGAAUAGGCGUUGGAAAUGCCUUUUCGAAUGCGAAGGGCAAUGUCAUGGCGGCGAGGAAGCCUCUGAAUAAGACGACGGGUAUGAAGCCUAUUGUUGCUAGGACAAACCCUACUCCCGCGCCAGCGGCUAAAGCGGAGGUGAAGGCGGAUGCCUGGGACAAUAAUGCAGAUGGGUGGGGCGAUGGGUGGGAUAUUUGAAUUUUGAUUUGAACGUGUAACUUAGGAAUUAGUUGUAUGUGGUAAGUCAGCCCGGUAAUGGUAAUGGAUUAGUGGAGGGAUUGGGAAAUGUGUGGGAUUACACAAAAAGAGAGGGGGAAUGGGAAAAACUUGAGGUCUGCUUGGAUUUAAAUUUUGGGGUAUAACAGUGCCUUGGGAUAGAAUGGUUGGUUGUGCAGUUCAUACUGUUUCAUGGGAUCUCACUCAUGGUGAGCUGCCAAUAGAGGUCGUUUGGUAGCCGGACAGGCCGAAACACAGCAAAAGCCAGGGUUUUCGAGCCAUCAUCACCCAAGAACCAUGUGGAAACAAUAUAGAAAGAAUUCGAGAACGAUUUACUACAAUAGCACCCGCAUGAAAGGGUGUGGGACCCUUUCCUUCCAUUCUCCUACUCUGGGCGGAAGCCUGAAAUAGAUAUUAUGCUUCAGGCGUGGUAAUUCUUUCAUUCUUUCGUUUUUCUUUUCAAAGCUGGGUUUCAAGGUAUCGUGUUGUCAGGGGUUGAGGAGUGGUAGAGGGCUGUUUGGUUGAGUUUUCUAGAUACAGGGCAUGCGAUAUCUCUGUAUGAUACCAUAGGUUGAUUGAAUAUUAUCCGGGUCGUGUGGGGGUCAUCACUAUCUCCCAUCUACUUGCCAGUUUGUCCUGUC